UCCUGAUAAGUCAUAUCAUUGAAGGAGGCCCUGAUGAGGGACCGUGAACGAUUGAUUCAUGUCAACGGCACACGGUGCACGGAUGAAAAAAGAAAGCACCCCCUACAGCGACGCGUCGCUGCGUAUCUCCGGUGCGAGCCACAGCCUCGGCCUAAAAGGUCUAGUGACAUGAGAGGGAGAGAAAGUCUCAGAAUGAGGAUGAGAAAGAGGCAGAGGAAGGCCAAGAGCCAGAGAGUAGUGGACUGGUUCCGGGCCAGAUAUCUGUUUCCUGGGAUUCUCUGUGUGCCAGCAAGCAAGAUUAUUCAGUCUGUCCUCACGUCUCCAUCCGCCACUCUUUGCUAAACAAAACCACCGGCUCGUUUAGACCGGAGCUUACAGGAGAAUCCCGUCUUGCUGUCAGUCCAGCAACCCUUGAAUUUUUUUCCACUUUUCCAAACUGCUUUCCCACGUUCUGUUGGUCGGUUUCAAAGAAUCUGGUGCGUC